UGGUCUUUCUUUCGAAUAGGUGGAUUUUUUUAUAAUGCAAUGUCUAUACUAUAUUAUACAAAAAUGUCACUACCGUAAAUACUAUAUUUAAUUUGGGUUGAUAAGAUUUUUAGCCGUUGAAAAUGUUUUUUUUUUUAAACUUAGUCGUUGAAAAUGUUCGGAAACGAAGGCCGUAAGAACGUGCGAACAGGUAUAAUGUUUUACUGCGGAUCAAAAGUCAUAAGAAAAUAUGCACUAAAGGUUGUUUAUUCCCUAUGGCGUGUUUUAUUUUCAAAUGACAAAUACAGAAAGACAUUCGCUGGGCAGCAUUUGAGUUUUGUAAUUUCUUAAAUGAAUAGUUGAUUAGUCUUUCAUGUUUCAAAACCCAAACCCUACUGAACAUAUCCACUUUGAUUAUUAGCUUUGUAUGAUCAUCUUGAUAUUGUUUCCAGAAGUUCCUACGUUCAUUCAGGGCCAUAAUAGCUCCUCGGUUAACCAUAAAGGGUAAGUAAUAACACUAUAAUGGUAGAACAUAUAAUAAUGCACAUACAACUUGCAUUCAAAGAUACAUAUAAGAAAGAAAAACGUAUUUAUUUUAAAAUAUAUGAGUAUAUGAUUGUAAUAAUUGGGAACAAUAUGACUCCUUAGUUCGAUAAGGCCAAAAAGAAAAGUCGAUGGAGACGUUCUUUAUGGAUGUUAGGUAUGAAAGAAGUUAUGAUGUUGAAUUUUAGUUAAUAACACUAAUCAUAAUUAAUAGAUCAAAUUGCUAUAUGUAUUAAUAUAGUCUUAUUGUAUCAGGAAAAUUUAUGCUAGAGUUAAAACUGUCUUCAUCAAAUAUGAUCAUCAAAACUUGUCAGUGGCCAGAAUUGCCAAGGGACAAAUAACUAUUAGCAUUCUCCAACAGAUACAUUUAUAUGCAGAGAGUGAUGUGAUAACUAAAUUAUAUAAUAUGCUCAUUUUAGUGUUUAAAAUAAUUUAACUAAUUUUUUUUUUUUGAAACUCCAAUGUUAUAUGAACUAAUUGUUUUAACCAGUGUUGCUGUAUAUUUACUGGAAAGUAAAUCUAUAUGUGUUCCUAGGUUGCUGAGCCUUACAUAUCUGCGUGAUGUACAUGAUGGUGAAUAUAUUAUACCAGAUUUUCUUAUGUUCAUAAAUGUUUAGCUUAUCGUAUAAUCGUCACUGAGCGAGAAAGAAACAAGUGUCUCAUACAGAAACUUAAAUUCUAUAUACAGAAAAUAUGAAUUUUUGGAUAGUAGAUGCAAUUUUUUUUUGAAGAUUUUAAGGGCUAUGAGCCGAAUCAUCCUUCGACCUAAAGAAAAUAUUGAACCAUCCAUCAAAGUUUUGUAUGUUGUAUGUACUGUUGAUACUUUAAUGAUCUAUCUAUUGCAGAACGUUGUCAAUUACAAUUGUGUCCUAUAAUCUUCUGGUGAAUAUGAUUAAGCUGUUGAUGUAGCAACAAAAACUAUUUCAUUGUUUUCUGGAAAAUAUAGAAUAUGAAUUCUUAAUUAUUUCAUAGUUUUCUAUGAUAUAUACUUGUAUUAUUUAUCAAUUGCUAACAAAACACUCGUUUGAUAUAAGAAAAUGACAAGAAAAUGAUUACAAUUAAACACGAACCAAUGAAAUGUUAUCGGGGCCUGAGUGAAUAAAACUGUUGGUUCCUUUCAAACUCUCAUCCAAAGUUAGUGGGUGCAGAUGAAGCUAAUCUUAGCCAUGUCUCUACUGAAAAUUCCCUAAAAAUUUAAUAAUUAAUUAUUUCAGUUUGGGAGUAUUCUGGAUCAGAAUUUCCAUUUAACUAUACCUAUGAUAUGAUUAUAUUUAUAUAAACAACUUAAUUAACCAUACAGUAAACAAUAUACGUUUGAUAACAGCCACAUGAUUUUUUAAAAAAAGGUAUAUUUUAAAAUUAUGUGAGUAAGUAGUUAUUUGGAAGGACCGACGUAUGAUCACGUUUACGUGUGUGUUUCUCAACAAAUUUUAUUAUUUUAUAGUCGCCAAAACGCGGAUAAUGCUUUUAAGAUGAGAAGGUUCAUGGUGUUUCGUAUGUCAGCAGACAUUUUUUUUUUGUACAUUACUACAAACUUUAAUUAUUUAUUAUCAUAUUUCUUUUUAGUAGUAGGUUUUUUUAUUAAACUAAGAAAAUAAUUUUUAGAUAACAUAAACUUCUGUUUAAAUAUAUUAAAAUGUCUUUUUCUUGUCGCUGUCAUACGGAACGAAUCGCAAAAGACAAAUACAUAAAACGAGAAGCUAUACCGCAUAUUUUUUUUUUUUGGUGUAAUUUAAAACAUUACCCUGCCGGGCUUCGAACCCGGAUUCUGUGUGCUACAGUUGAUCUGUUGCACUAUAACGCAUAUUCGAAUAUUUAUAGUGUUUGUUUUACUGUUUACUAAAAAUAAUAAAUUAUAAAUGUACAAUUAGCUGCGUAAUCUGAUUUGUUCUAUUAAUGAACAGAAAAUCUCAGAAUAUCAUAUAAUACAGAGAUGCACCAUAUAAUUCUCUAUUUUCUAAUAUACCUAAAAAUUGAAUGUACUAAUCAAGAUCUUGCAUGAUUGUUCGAAAUCUUAAUCUGAGAGAAUAAUAAAAUGAAACUCGAAUAUUUUUAUCUAUAAGGUCCUAUGUGAGCUCCACAAAAGAUAAUAUAAACGGUAUAUCAAUCUUCCUCCAAAUCAUUUGCUGAUGCGAAAACCUAACCCAACACUUAUAGAUAUAUCCCGAUAUAAUAGUGACAUAUAAAAUUAUUAUUGCCAUUUCAAAAGGAGGAACUGUCAGCGACAUUAUAAAAAUGUUAUAUAGUGGCAUUAUGAUGAGUUGAUGACGAUAAGAAAGGAAGGCGAAAGUAAAACCAUGAACUAAAAAUGCCACGUGUUUCUGACUAGUUUUGAAUGCGACAUACAAUUACCACAGUGCUUACUUUUUUUUUUACCAAUAAUUUCUUAUUAAUUCUUAACAAACAUAAUUUAAUUUGCAAAUAAAAAUCUUAAUAUCAUUAUGGCAAUUAAAAUAUAUGGAGGACUUCUACACUGAUUAUGUAUACAUGUGGUCAUGGUCCACCUGAAAUUUUGGAGAUCAUUGACAAUCUAGUGAAAAAAAAUUAAUAAUUUAGAUAACAUAUAUUUUAUAAUAACUUUCAAAAAAAGUUAGACGUUCGAAGCUAAUGUUUAUUAUGAUGAUCAUAUUAAUAUUGUAUGAUGAUGAUGAGCCAUGAUGAUAAAACUAUGCAUGAUUAAUGAUGUGGGGUUUAAUGUUGACAUGUAUAAUUAGUGGGAUCGUCCACGUCAGUCCCACUUGGCAACUUUUGUCUCUGUUUGAAUUACACGGCACGAACCUCCCCACCGGUAAGGUCCAUUUGUAUAGCUGGACCAUUUUUAUUGCCAAAAUAGAAAGGUCUUCUUAUUUAUGUGUAGUAGUUGUGUUCCAUGAAACUCAAAUAAGAACUUGCUACAUGUGAGGUCUUUCUUAUUUAUGUGCAGUAGUUGUGUUCCAUGAAACUCAAAUAAGAACUUGCUACAUGUGAGGUCUAAGACUGGGCGCACAUGUACACAUUCACUUUCACAUUUUUUGCUCUGAUUUUGUUUACACCCUCAUUAUUGAAGGUUAUAAUAUGUAGGUUGUAAUAUUUUAUUAUUUUUAACUUUCGGUAAGAUUUAAUUUUACCUAAUAUAUUUAUAUAUUUAAAGAUCAUUUGUACUUAUUUGUUUUCUUAAUUUAUUAUUUAUAAUUUAUUAAAUUUUUACAAACAAUUAUUUAUUAAAUGGAUCUAUUUGUUUUAUGUACAAACAGUCAAAUACCACGUAACGAAUAUCCCAAAUUUUAUAUGAAUACAUAAUCUUUUAGAUUUAAAAUCGUCCAAUCUUAGCAUCGAUCUCAUAUCUACAAAUAUGUAUAUAUUGAUUUUAUAGUGUUAAUGUGCUAUCUCCCAGACUCCCACAUGAUAACAUGCUACAACUGAUUAAAUGGAAAUAAUACCAAUACAUGUAUUAUCUAGCUCUCAAGUCUAUACGACUAUAACGGUAUAUAUUUAAUUAUUUAUAUAUAUCGCAACAUUGAAAGAAUUAACUAGAGCUAUGUAUUUAAUCGAAGCUGAUAUUCUUAGCAGAAAAAAAACAAAUCCAAUCUGAUAUGACCACUUCAGGAAAAAUAUAAACAAUUUGUAUUUUAAUAAAAGGCAAGUUGAAGAUUAUAAGGAAAAUCUGACUUUUUCAAAAAUUACUCGGUCGCGCAGCCACACGUGCAACCAUGUUUCCACCUUGUUUCAUUGUCUGGUUUUAGAUGUACGUAUUAACUAAUCAUUUUAUUUCUUUUUGUAUUUAAUGGAGUAAUUGGUUAUAAAUUCCAACUAUAUAUAUCUUAUCCAGUAAUGAUCUUUUUACUAGUUGUCAAAAGAAAAGAAAACCACACUAAUAAAAGUGGUUUGGGAUCAACACGUUACUGGAGUCGUUCUAUUUUCGUAGGGGAUCAAUAGUGGAGUCCUCUCUGUCACACGAGGGAAGCCAUUAUAAUCCAAGCAACGUUUAUUUGAAUUUUGACUAUUUCUCAAGCAAAAUUAAAACUAAUUUGACCAUUCUAUUAGUUUUUGUGACUUGUCAAACACUUUGAAACUUAACAUUAUUAUUCAAUGUUAGGCUGACUUUGAUUUUUAUGUGAUCAAAUAAGAUCAUCCCAUUAAGACUUUCCACUUUUAUUUACACUGGUUCACUCUUUUACGUGUUGAAUAGCCGUGUCUGCAAUUAAAUAGUAUAUUUUCUUCUUUUUUUUUAUCAAACCAAAUUUGUAUUAAACUUAGAACUUAGACCAUGUCCAACGGUGGAUUUCACCCGGUCCAUAAGAGAAAUCCUUAAGCAUAAUUGUAAUUAAAUACUAUUAUUAGCGUUAAAUCGACGAAGGAUUGGUCCGUCGCAGCGGACUUAAGGAUUCAAUCCUUAGCCACGCGUCACGUGGUGAGUGGAUCGAAUUUGUGUUUGGUUUGUGUAGGGUCGAAAAAAAAAAUCAUUCUCGAGCCAAACCGAAAAAAAAAAACUCCUCUUCGACAUAAGGCGAUUUCGAGACGAUUCUGCUCGAUCUCUCAUCCUCGGCUCGUGUAAGAUAAACGAUAAUGGGACGAUACAGUUACAGCCAGCCUUCUUCCUCCUCACACUCUCCAGACUUAACCUCCCUCCUUGAAGCCGAAUGUGAGAUGUACGCGGCUGAAGCUGAGAUUACUCGGUGGAAUGCAGAAGCCAGUGACUGGGAACCAUCAGCAGAGGGUGAUGAUGGCAUCCCAAGGACAUGCUACUGUGGUUCAGAGCCAGUUCACGGAUACUCCCAAACGCCAAAAGAUCCAUACCGACGUUACAUAACGUGCUCCAAUGCCGAUGAUAGAGACUGCCACGUCUGGAAAUGGUGGGACGUGGCGGUGGAGGAGGAGCUGAGAGAGUUUCAGAGGGAGCUUAAUGCGGUUAAGGGUGAAGCGAAUCAACGUGAGCAGAAGUUACUCCGUCUUGAGAAGCAAGUUUCCGAGUUCACAAAGAAGAAAUCAGGAGCUAAGCUAAUGGUCUUCAGCUUAGUGUUAGGGUUGGUGUUGCUUAUUGUGCUAGGAAUACUUGGAAAGGAUUCAGAGGAUUGGGGCGUACGUGCUUUGUUUCUUUAACGAGGUUCGCAUGUGGGAAGGAGUCACGGGUCUUUAUCUGAUGGAGUAGGAAUCACGGGUGAUGGAGUAGGAUUCACGGGUGAUGGAGUAGGAAUCACGGGUGUAGUUGUAUGAGUCACGGGUCACUCUCUCUAGCAUAUGUAUUAUAAGUAGUAGUUGUAGUCUUUGCAGUGUAGUCUCAUUGUUUUCCUCUUGAGAGUCAAGUUCAUGUUUUCAGAGAGUUUCUAAAGUACUCUCAUUGUUUUCCUCGGAUCAUAUGUAACAUUUCACGGAUCAUAUGUAAGCUUCACUUUGUAUCAAAACUUAUGUAACAUUAUAUUCUUCUUUGUAUCAAAACUUAUGUAACAUUAUCUUCUUCUUUGCUUACAUAAUCUUGUUUACAUAAUCUUCUCUUUGUAUCAAAACCGCUGCACAUAAUCUUGUUUACAUAAUCUUGUUUACAUAAUCGGCUGAUAGAAUAUAACUGUUAAUAAUCAUGCUAACAUAAUUUUGUAAACAAUCUUGUUAGUAAUCUUGUUAUUAAUCUUGUUUACAUAUCUCUUUGAUCCAUCUUUGUUAAUAAUCUUGUUAUUAAUCUUGUUUUAGAUAUGCACAUUUGAUUCCUCUUUCAACAUUCCACGUGAAGGUUACAUCGUACAAUACAGUGAGACACUUGUUCUUUUGGUGCUGAGAUCUUCAUCGUCAAACCGGUUAGUAAAAUCACAAACGGUUUGUAAAAUCACAAACCAUCAAAUUUUUUUUUUUUUUGUAAUAUGACUAGUAUUUUAAAUAACAGCUCAAAACUAAAGUUCUAUAAUAAUCGUAAUAUGACUAUUUAAAAAAAAAAAAUGUGCAUAUCUAAAACAAAAUAAAAUUUUAUUUAUCUUUAAAGUUCAAUAAUAUUCCUAAUAUGAGAAUGUUCAAAAUUAAAGUUUUAUAAUAUUGUUAAUAUGAUAAACUUUAUUUUAAAAAGUUCAGAAUUAAAGUUCAAUAAUAUUCCUAAUAUGAGAAGGUUCAAAAUUAAAGUUUUAUAAUAUUGUUAAUAUGAUAAAAAUUUGUUGAUGAAAGGUUCAAACUUAAAGUUUUAUAAUAUUGUAAAUAUGAUAAACUCUAUUUAAAAAAGUUCAAAAUUAAAGUUUUCUAUGAUUAACAUAUUAGGACUUCUUAAAAUGUCAACAUCUUCAUCCGAUGGUCUAGACGAAAGAAUAGACGAACUUGUUGAUGAAAUAGUUGAAGAUUACUACAACGACAUAGUGGAGGACCAACCCGAUGAUGAGGCGAACCGUGCUUAUAUUGAACGAGACCGUGAAGGAGGAGAUGAUCAGUUAUGGAAUGACUACUUCAGUGAAGACCCGACAUACUCGGCACAAAUAUUUAGAAGACGUUUCCGCAUGAACAAGAAUUUAUUCCUGCGUAUUGUCAGAGCCCUCAAGCAGAACUUUAUAUUCUUUCAGCAGAGAAAAGAUGCAACCGGUAGGUGGGGUCUAUCAUCACUUCAAAAGUGUACGGCGGCUAUUCGUCUGCUUGCUUAUGGUACAGCGGCUGACUCGGUUGACGAAUAUCUCCGACUUGCGGACACUACAGCACACUCUUGUUUACAUCAUUUCACUGACGCAGUUAUACACUUAUUUGGUAAUGAGUAUCUACGACGACCCACAAAGGAGGAUCUUCAACGACUACUCUAUAUUGGAGAGCAACGCGGUUUUCCAGGGAUGGUCGGGAGCAUUGACUGUAUGCAUUGGGAGUGGAAAAACUGCCCAACCGCUUGGAAAGGACAAUACACACGUGGAUCCGGAAAACCGACGAUUGUUUUAGAGGCUGUAGCUUCACAAGAUCUUUGGAUAUGGCACGCUUUCUUCGGUCUUCCAGGUACCUUAAACGAUAUUAAUGUCCUCGAUCGGUCUCCGGUUUUUGACGAUAUCUUAGAAGGUCGAGCUCCGAGGGUAAGGUACAUGGUCAACGGACACAUGUAUAAGUUGGCAUACUAUCUCACGGACGGUAUAUAUCCAAAGUGGUCAACAUUUAUCCAAUCUAUCACACUCCCUCAAUGUCCCAAACAAGCGUCAUUUGCUAAAUGGCAAGAAGCAGCCCGAAAAGAUGUCGAGCGGGCAUUUGGAGUAUUGCAAGCUCGGUUUGCGAUAGUGAAAAACCCGGUUCGUACAUUGGACAGAGAGAAGAUAGGGAAGAUUAUGAGAGCAUAUUUUCAAGAAGGAGAAUCUUCGAGAACCUCGGAGGUCCUAAACGAAAUUCCUACAUUGUUCAAUGAUACAUUUCCCGACCGCAAUGAUCUUCGUGAUAGGCAAACUCAUGAUCGAUUGAAGAAUGAUUUGAUCGAAAACAUUUGGAAUAAAUUUGGUAAUCAAGAUUAA